UCAGGACAAGAACGUGUUUCCUAGAACUCGUGUUUUAAAGGACAUCAUGGGGACCACAUCCGUUAUAUUUGUGAAACAUCUUGCAGUUUACAGUUGCUCGCAUUUUAUACCAAGCUGCUCUAGACGGAACAAGUCUCUGGUGUCCUUGCGCCAUCAACUUGAAGUUCUUCUUCGUCUGGCGUUUGUAGAUUUUACACGGCACAGUAGGCCUAUCGCUUACGAGGGAUCUCUGGAAAACCUACGUAGACGAUGGAGCUUUUAUGCAAAAGGCCUCUACCGUUUGCCGCUCUCUGCUUCUUUUUCGCGUCUUUCCUUAAACCAGCAACUCCAGAUCUAGGGAACUUCCCAACAGAUUGUGAGAUCCGGCAGAGGCUGACAGCAGAAAGAGCAGAGUUCAGGUCCUUCUCAUUUGACGCAUUUUUGCUGUUGUCAGCGAUGCAUCUACGUGUGACAAACGCAAACACGACCAUCCUCAUAUUUGUGACGACGGAAACCGUUGCCAUUCUCACUGAAGACUUUCGAUACGAAGAGGUCUCCCUCUCCAGACAUAUUCCCGGGUGGUCAAGCUUCAUUUUGAAAAUUACAGACAACAUCCAACUUGGUACACGAGACGGUGACGGCAUCACAGGACUUCUGAAGAGAGAUCUCCUCAGAAUUGAUCCUUCCCUCGACCUCAAGGCGGACAUAUCCAACGUUCCCCUGAUGCGCGGCUGCGGAGUAGGCGGACCUACAGUGUCUGUGAAUCCUGUUGGUGAAAUGAAUCUUCUGUCUGUGGUUCCCUCGUCUCAGCAUGUGUUUACAGUCCUUGGAUCUCAAGACUUCAACUUGUCAUUGUUUAUCAACGAUCAUAAAGUCACGUCCUUGUGCGGGAAGGGAAGCGGCAAUUUCACCCUGAACUUUCAUACCUCAAAGAACCAGGAUCACCAAAUCAUCGUACCAGGUGUUCAACCAAUCACUUUCCGGAUGAUCCUUAAUUCAUCAGAGGGAACUGAGUGGAUGAAAUUAUCUUUCCGCGGUGCGGGACGAGACUUGUUUGUGACCUACAGCCUGCCUUGGAAAGAGACAUUGUCACUACCACAGGAGCCAGUAUUAAUGAACUUCUGUACAGGAGACGACCAGGACGGUGGAAAGACAACGACACCUGGCGAGAGAACUGUGGCGACGACAGUUACUACAGAACUGCCUAUGACUCCCAGUUCAACUCCCUCACAACCAUCAACUCGGAGAAUCGAACCGUCUUUAUCCACAAUAGACGAUAUGGUUGUGACAAGUGAGGAAAUGCCUUUGACUACGAGUUCAGCACAGCUGUCAACCAGGAGCACUGACCCUGAGCAGCCUUCUUCUACAACAGAUAGCGCUGGCAGUUUGGAACUCGUCGUUCUCGUGCUGAUUCUGAUCAUCCUCUUGAUUACAGUUACUCUUGUCAUAGUGUUAGUCGUCAUGAAGACCAAACGUAAAAGUAGCCGAGCUGUAAACGGAGAAUCACUCGCACAGCAGUCGACAGAAGCCCCUUCGAGUGUCCACCUCGAGGAGAACGACGACCGAUAUAUCAAAUGGAAAAGUAACUAUUCGCGAGAUGAUGACCCAAGUCCCUUGAGAACGCCAGCACUGCAUGAAAGGGAAUAUGCCAAUGGACCCUGGAACGCUUUGGCGUCGAGAGGGUUGUCCGCUUUCUUCUACCAGGGCUCUGAUGCACAGGUAUCCGAAGACCCUAUUUACGAAGAAAUCAUCAUCACCGAUCAGCUGACGCUUACUUCGUCAAGGGCCUCCUAUUGCAAUUAUCUAGAGAACGGUGUUAUUCAGGAGAACGAGGAUGGGUAUGUCAACAUGGCACAUUACCUAAGGAAAUGAGAAUGUACUGCUUAGAUUCUUUACGUUUUUGGUAAAAUACACAUUUCAUCGAAGACUUGUUCUUUUCUCGAUAGAAUUUUUGUUGUUUCGUUGUGGCCGUUGAUUAUGCAUGAUUGAAGAUGUAUCUACACAUGUUUGUACAAACGCUUUAUAGUAUUUUCUCACGAAGUAUGUUGCUGAGAUUAGAGAGAGAGAGAGAGAGAGAGAGAGAGAGAGAGAGAGAGAGAGAGAGAGAGAGAACAUUCAUUAGCCAUUUAUAUAGUCCUCUAACCUCCUAGUUAAGGAUAAACUUUUAAAAAACUCUCUGAGGAGAGAGAGAGAGAGAGAGAGAGAGAG